CAAAAGUUCAUAACGAUUGGCGAGAGGGUUCUAGUGAGGAGACUUUUGAACGAGUUAUCGAAGAACGCGAUGUUUAUUCGAAAGAAGGCAUUUUAAAAGGAAAAAUAGUCGUGGUAGAAAAAAAAACUGUGCAUAAAAGCAUUAAAGUAAUUGAGGGCCCCGAACAUAAUAAAGUGACUAAACCUGCACUACAUGAAUUGGAAAGUUCAAGAAGCCGGUCUUCAUCUUAUGAUAGUUUGUCAUCUCCAACAAUUCGAAGAAAAGUGUUUACGGGCACCAAAUUACAAUUUGAUAAUCAUAUUGAAGAAAUCAAAAAUGAGCAGGAGAGAGUCCAAAAAAAGACUUUUGUAAACUGGAUCAAUUCUUAUUUAUGCCAAAGAAUACCUCCAUUGAAAAUUGAUGAUUUAAUUGAGGAUCUAAGAGAUGGAACCAAAUUGCUUGCAUUAUUGGAAGUUCUAUCUGGAGAAAGACUACCUAUUGAGCGUGGUCGUAACAUGAAAAGACCUCAUUUUUUGAGUAAUAUAAAUACAGCAAUACAGUUUUUACAAAGCAAAAGAAUAAAGUUAGUAAAUAUUAAUUCUUCGGAUAUUGUUGAUGGUAGACCUCCAAUUGUCUUAGGUCUGAUAUGGACAAUAAUUUUGUAUUUCCAGCUUGGUCGUAAAACUGGAUUUACUGUUAUUACUAACAAUAUUGAAGAAAAUACAAAAACAUUAUUAUCUUUGAAUUACACAUUUAGUGAAAGUACAAGUAGCUUGGAUAGUAUUAAAUCACCUACAAUGGAAAUAAAUAAAAAAUCGGAUGGUGCUAAAAAGACUUUGUUAAAGUGGGUUGCUACUGUUAUACCUAGGGAGAGUAAUAUUCAUGUAAAAGAUUUUGGACCUAGUUGGAGAGAUGGAUUUGCUUUUCUUAAAAUAAUAGAUACAAUAAAAACUGACUUAGUUGAUAUAACUACAUUAAGUGGAGAAACAAAUAAAACACGUUUAGAAACUGCAUUUAAUGUUGCAGAACAAGAUCUUGGAAUUGCUCGUUUACUCGAUCCAGAAGAUGUUGAUGUAGACCGACCAGAUGAACGAUCUGUUAUGACUUAUGUUGCACAAUUUGUUCAUAAAUAUCCUGAAGUUCGUAGUGAUAGUGGAGAAUCAAUUGAUACGAUUCAAAAAGACUACACUAUUUUAUUAUUGUGGUUAACAGAAAAAACCGAAUUUUUGUCCUGGACACAAAAUUUAUCGCAUGACUAUGAAGAUUUUUUAAAAACUCAAGAUAAAAUUUGUUCAAUGAGUAUUUUAUACCAAAAGUUAAAAAAUAUAUGUACUUCAGGAGCGACAAUAAGUAUAUCAACCCAGUCAUGGACUGAAGUUGAACGACUGUGGCAGCUAUUAGACAAUUUAAUGAAAAAUUGGCAAUGGCAGCUGGAUAAUUUAUUACCAGAACCAUUUAGAGUUAUUGUUGAAUGGAUAACGAAAGCCGAGCAACUCAUUAAAGACGAUAAAAUUCCUUCUGUUAUGAAUGAACAAACUGCUGUGAUUAUAAGUAAAAAAUUAGAAGAUCAUAAGUUGUUUUUUACUGAUUUGCCUGAGGUUAAACAAAAAUUUAACGAACUUUUAACCAAGUCGAGAAGUCAAAAUAAACAAGUGCAAAACUUGAGUAUGCGUUUUAAUAUAAUCGAAACAGAAUCUCAAAAAAGACGUUGUCGCCUUAAAUAUUUGGAACAUAAGUGUUGUUUGAUCGCAUUUUUAAACUUAACUGAAAAUAAAUUAAAAGCAUGGACUGUGAAAUAUGGUCGUUUACAAGACGUUAUGAUAUUACUGGAAAAAUAUAAUAAUUUCGUAAUAGGAAAUAAUAUUUUUCAAGAAUUUAAUAAAGCAUUUAUAGACAUGAAAAAUGUGUUUCAAGAGUAUAAACAAGAGUGUCAUAUAGACUACAAAGAAACAAUAGCAGUUGAAAAAUUUUUAAGACAAACUGCUGAACAGUGGAAAAAUAUCGCAAUGGAACUGAGAUGUGCUCACAGUAUGCUUGAAGAAGUAGUAUUAUAUUGGAAACGCUGGAAAGUAUUGUCUGAUGAGUUAAAAGCGUGGCUUCAAGUCUCAAUGACAAAAAUAAAUCUAUCUAAUGAAGAACAAAUUGAAUAUUUUCAAAAUAUUGGGGUGUGGAAAGAAAAAUAUGAAUUACUUAAUGACGCUGUCAGCUUUUUAGUCGUAACAUGUGAGGAGUCUACUGCUGAAUCACUCAAACAAGAGUUCAUGAAUAUUUCUCACUUGUGGGAUAGUGUAUUUUCAAAUGCUAAAAACUACUUACAAUCUGGGGAUCUAAAUAGAAUCAGAAAAGAAUAUUUUGAAGGAUUCGAAAUAUUACAUAAAUGGAUUAUUCGAGCAGAUCAAAUUAUGUCUACUAUAAAUUUGAAUUCGUCUGAGAAAAUUAAAGUUGGGAUUAAAAAUAUUCAAACUUUACAAGAUGAAUUAGGUCAAAUGGAUGAUCUAUUUAAAGCUAUAAGUAAAAAAUUUCAAAUACUCAUUAAAGAUUUGUCAAGAGAAGAAGUAAAUGAUAUGAUGCUCUGUUUAAAAAGAGAAAAAGAAUCUCUCGUCAAUAUAAGAGCAAAUAUACCUGUACAAUUAAACGCUUUACAUCAUGUAUUAGUACAAUACGACGCUUUGGAGUCUGGUCAAAGAGAAAUUAAUGAAUGGCUUGAUGGAUGUGAACAUUUUAUAUUUUCUUUAAAUAUAAGUGUCAGUAAAGAAAAAUUACAAAGUGAUCUUGAAAAUUUAAAG